UUGAGUAUUCAAAUUUCAAGAGCUCGUGAUCAUCGUAGCCAUGGAGAUCAAAGGGUCAACACCAUCGUCCUCUAGCUUCCCAUCUAAAACUAAGUACAGAUAUGAUGUUUUCUUGAGUUUCAGAGGCGAAGAUACUCGUCAAUCCUUCACUGUGCUUCUAUAUGAUGCCUUGCACAGGAGGGGAAUCAACACCUUCAUUGAUGACAAGAAGCUUGGCAAAGGGAAACGAAUCUCACCUUCACUUCUUAAGGCCAUUGAUAGAUCCAGGAUUUCAAUUAUUGUCUUCUCUAGAAACUACGCCACUUCCACUUGGUGUUUGGAUGAACUGGCGCACGUCAUUCGAUGUAAGAAGGAGAAGAACCAGAUGGUUAUGCCUAUCUUCUACAAGGUGGAUCCGUUGGAUGUUCAGUAUCAGAGGAAUAGCUUUGGGGAAGCCAUGGCUGCUCUUGAAGAUAGGUUCAGGCAUGACAUGGAUAAAGUGAGCAAAUGGAGGUUUGCUUUGUCUGAAGCUGCUAGUCUGUCAUCGGCAUGGCUUUUUCAAGAUGGAUGUAAACUUGGGUUUAUAGAAAGGAUAGCAGAAGAUACAUAUGCUAUGCUGCCACCCAAACCCUUACAUAGUAUUGACCACACAGUUGGACUUGAUUCUCGCAUUGAAGAAGUGAAGUCACUUUUGGAUCAGUCUGAUAAUGGAGUUUGUAUGUUGGGCAUCCAUGGAACUGGUGGAAUUGGCAAAACAACACUUGCCAAGGCUCUAUAUAAUUCAAUAUUUUACCACUUUGAAGGUUCAUGUUUCCUAUUUGAUGUCAGAGAAGCUUCAAAGGAAUACCAAGGCUUAGUUCGUCUCCAACAAUUACUUUUAUCAGAGAUUCUUGAAGAGAAGAGUAAGAAGUUUGGUAGUGUUGAUGAAGGAAUAUCAAAGAUAAAACACAGACUCUCCCACAAAAGAGUUCUAUUAGUUCUUGAUGAUGUUGAUGAGGUAGAACAAUUAGAACAACUUGCAGGAGGGUGUAAUUGGUUUGGAUCCGGAAGCAAAAUCAUUAUAACAACCAGAAAUAUGCAGUUACUAAUUGCACAUCAUGUUCAAAAAACCUAUGCAAUGAAGGAGCUAAAUGGGAAUGAGUCUCUUGAACUCUUUUCUUGGCAUGCCUUUCAUAUUCAGCAACCUCCCAAAGGUUAUGAAGAUAUCUCUAAUCGUGUGAUAAGUUAUGCACAGGGCCUUCCUUUGGCUCUAAGAGUAAUAGGCUCCAAUUUGGCUCACAAGAGCUUAGAGGAAUGGAGGUCAAUAUUGGAACAGUAUGAGAAGAUCCAGGAUAGAACAAUUCACGAGGUACUAAAAAUAAGUUAUGAUUGCCUACAAGACAAUGCCAAGUCUAUUUUUCUAGAUGUUGCUUGUUUCUUCAAGAAGUGGAGGUUGGUAUAUGCCAAUGAAAUACUACAAGCUUGUCAAGGUGGUGCAAGGUUUUAUAUCGAAGUGCUCAUUGAAAAAUCAUUAGUGAGCAUUGAUGAAUAUGAGUGCUUGUGGUUGCAUGAUCUAAUACAAGAAAUGGGUCGAGAAAUUGUCAGGCAAGAAGCACCAUUAAAUCCUGGUGAACGCAGCAGGUUAUGGCAUCAUGAAGAUGUUAUCAAAGUACUACAUGAAAAUUCAGGAAGCAGCAAAAUUGAAGGAAUAAUGCUUAAAUCUCCUCAACAAGAAGUUGAGUGGAGUGGCUUUGCCUUUGAGAAGAUGAACAAUCUUAGGGUUCUUAUCGUGCGAAAUGCAUUCUUUUCAACCGGCCCAAGGCACUUUCCGAACAAUUUAAGAUUGCUUGAAUGGGAGGGAUAUCCUUCUAUGACCUUACCAGAUGACUUUUCUCCUGAGAACAUUGUGGUCCUUAGGUUAAGUCAUAGUCAUGUUAGAUUGGUAGAGCCAAUCAAGAGGUUUGAACAUGUGACAAAUAUGAAUUUCUCAUAUUGUGAAUUUAUAACCGAAGUACCUGACAUGUCUCAAGUCCCAAAUCUAAAAGAACUGAUAUUUGCAGACUGUUGCAACUUGAUCAAAGUUCAUGAUUCAGUUGGUUUUCUCUCAAAGUUGGCUAUACUAAAGGUUAAUGGCUGCACCAAACUUAAAAGAUUUCCGCAUGAAAUCAAGACGAUGUCUCUUGAACACCUUGACCUUACUUUUUGUGAGAGUCUUGAAUACUUCCCAAAUAUAGUGGGAAAGAUGGAUGCAUUGAGGACCAUUUUUGCAGAUAAUACUGCCAUUGAAGAACUCCCAAAUUCCAUUGGAAAUCUUUCGGGGCUUCAAGUUUUAUCCAUGAACUCUUGCAAAAGCCUUAGGGAGUUUCCAGACAGAAUAUUCACAUUGGAAAAUCUUAUCUGGCUUAUGUUGGGAGAUAGUAGACCUCAGAGCAGAAAAUCCUUGAAGAAGUCAAUGCAAGAUAGCCACCCAAUUAUUAGAAGCACAAAUUUGGAGAUCUUGAAUCUUGAAAAUUGUGGUCUACUGGAUGAAGAUCUUCACCUAACUCUGAAUUGUUUUCGAAACUUGCAAGAAUUAAAUCUGUCAGGGAAUGAUAUUGUAUCCCUUCCUGAAUGCAUUAAAGAGUGUCCUAAUCUAAAUAGACUGGAAGUGACAAAUUGCAGGAAGCUAAGAGACAUACCAGAGCUACCAACGAACCUGGAGGAAAUACAGGCAGAAAAUUGCAUAUCAUUAACAACAGAGUCCUUAAGCCAUUUAUGGUCUCAGGCUAAGAAAGAGGUCUUUAACUUGUCAAUCGAUAUGCCAGCAUCGACAUUUCCAGAUUGGCUCAACUAUUGCUGCAAAGGAGGGACCUUGUCUUUUCGUGCUCAUGGGAAUUUCCCAGUGGUUGCAUUGGCAUUUGAGUGUGAGAAAGCAAGAUCAAGGCCUGAAGAUGAACUUGAAAUGCAUGUUUUGCAUGGGAGGGUCCUUGGGCGAAUGAGCAUCAAUGGUCAUGAAGUAUCAAAGGAAGGAGAUAAUAUAGUUUUUCCAGUUAGGGAAGGUCAUGUGUGUGUGUUUGAUCUGAGAAGAGCUUUUGGUGGGGACGAAGAGUACUGGAAGAGACUUGAUAAGUUUCAGGAAUUGGAUUGGAAUGAUGUGGAAAUAGAAGCCAAAUGUCAGUCGCCAGAUUUGUGCAUAGUUAAGUGUGGAGUUUAUGUGUACAAGCAGCAAACGAACGUGGAAAAUGUGAAUUUCAAGUCUUUGCUUUCCAUGAAUGACCCAACAACUUCGUUGAAACGAAGAGCUAUAGCUUCCCCUCCUAAUGAAAGAACCAAGAAGUUGCCAGCAACGUUUUAGUUUCUUAUUAAUUUUUUCCCCCUCUUUCAUGUGAUGUAAAUUUUAAAUAAUUUACCAAAAAAUUCAAUAUGCAUCUUAUAGAGUUUUAGUGCAUGUUUGGUUUUCAA